GGGUUCUUCUAAAAGGAUCCCAGGGCUGAGCAGCCCAAUCUUGCUGAAACUACUCACCCUCUCCCCGCCCCCGCUGUCUGUGCUUUACCGUCAGCUUUUUCUUUCCUUUCUGACUCAGCUUGGCACUGACGCUCUUACCAGAGGAGGCUCAGGUCUCCUCUGGAUUUUAAUUUCAGUAUGGAAAAACCUGAGAAUAUUUCCUGGAUCCCCCAGCAGGAACUGGAAGAUCCAUUCAAGAAAUACCUGAACAGCGCCGAGGACUACCUGGCCUUCCUCUGUGGGCCUCCACGCAGCCACCUCUUCUUCCCAGUGACGGCGGUGUAUGCGCUGAUUUUUGCGGUGGGAGUCGUUGGCAAUCUCCUGGUGUGCCUGGUGAUCCUGCGGCACCAGGCUAUGAAGACCCCCACCAACUACUACCUCUUCAGCUUGGCCAUCUCCGACCUCCUUGUCCUGCUCCUUGGGAUGCCCCUGGAAGUCUAUGAGAUGUGGCGCAACUACCCCUUCCUGUUUGGGUCCGUGGGCUGCUACUUCAAGACGGCCCUCUUUGAGACCGUGUGCUUCGCCUCCAUCCUCAGCGUCACCACGGUCAGCGUGGAGCGCUACGUGGCCAUUCUCCACCCCUUACGCGCCAAGCUGGAGAGCACCCGGAGGCGCGCCCUCAGGAUCCUCGGCAUCGUCUGGGGCUUCUCUGUGCUCUUCUCCCUGCCCAACACCAGCAUUCACGGCAUCAAGCUCCACUACUUCCCCAACGGGUCCUUGGUCCCCGGCUCUGCCACCUGUGCAGUCAUCAAGCCUAUGUGGAUCUACAAUUUCAUCAUCCAGGUCACCUCCUUCCUCUUUUACAUCCUUCCCAUGACUGUCAUCAGCGUCCUCUACUACCUCAUGGGGCUCAGACUAAAGAAAGACCAGUCCCUUGUGGCAGAUGAAGUAACUGCAAAUAUUCAAAGACCCUCCAGAAAAUCAGUCACCAAAAUGCUGUUUGUCUUGGUCUUAGUGUUUGCUAUCUGUUGGACCCCAUUCCACAUUGAUCGGCUCUUCUUCAGCUUUGUGGAGGAGUGGACUGAAUCCCUAGCUGCCGUGUUCAAUCUCAUCCAUGUGGUGUCAGGUGUCUUCUUCUACCUGAGCUCAGCUGUCAACCCCAUUAUCUAUAAUGUACUCUCUCGCCGCUUCCGAGCAGCAUUCUGGAAUGUGAUCUCUCCUUCCCGCAAACAGUGGCACUCCCAACACCACCCACAGGGGCUGCCUACUCAGCGGAACAUCUUCCCAACAGAAUGUCACCUUGUGGAGCUGACUGAAGAUGCCAGUCCCCAGUUCCCUUGUCAGUUGUCCACGUGCAGCCCUCGCCUCCCUGCAGCCCUCUAUACCACACAGGCCCCACAAAAGGGACUCCCAGAGAACUGACAUUCUUCUGUGCCUCCACACUGCAGGGAGGGCAUCCCAUUAUGUAAACCUUCUUAAAUGAUAUUAGGGAGGUAAAAUGACUCUCAGAACUUAUAUACCCAUUGCUAGUUUUUUUUUAACAAGUAUAAAAAUACCUACUUAAACCUGGAUCUAAAGCCCAGAGCCUCCCAGGUUUCCAUUGUCUUCCCACUUAUCUGACCUCUGUCACACCCCUUCACUGGUUCCUGUAAAGAGCAUGAGCAGCAAACCGUAGCACUUCCACUCCAAGUGAUUUCCACUGCAGGAGAUAGUUUGUCCUUAGUUGUCCACACUCGGGGUCAGGCUGUCACUCCUACAAUCAAUGGUCCCUGUAGACACAGAGAGGAGAUAUAGAGAUGCUAUACCCUUUAUUUGAUCUGAGAGGUACAUGUCAGUGUUCUUCCACAGUGAACUAUUUACUGCCUCAUAUCCUGCCAUUAUCAUGCGAGUCCAUAGAGUCCUGAAACCUUUUGCUUUAUGCAUCCUCUUGAUAACAUGGGAAUGCUCCUCAGAACAAUUAUUCCCACCAUCCCAGUCACCAAGUCAUACUCUGUCAUUCCUCACCAGGAAUGGGGUCAGAUACAAGUUCCACUUAGAGAUGAGAAGCAGGAGACGGACAUAAACUAUGCCAAACACAAACUCAAUUACUUUUAUAAUUUGGGCUAGACCUGUAUUUCUGAAGUCUUACUUCAUAAUUAGAGAGAGGCAUGUUCUACUAUCUUGGAAAAAAGAAAAGUCAAACUCGUGGUCUCAAACCCAUGACUUUUCACCCACUUAAUCCUUCAUUACUUAUAGAAUGCUGUUCACAGAUAAGAUAUAGGAAAAGUCUACUUUCCAGACUCAUCUUCUAUUAUUUCAUCACAAGUAAUAGACAUUCCACUCAAACUAGAUUGCUUGCCCUUCUUAUGAAAAUAUGCCCCAGUAUUCCUAGCUGCACUCAUUUGCUUAUCGAAUGCCCUCUUUAUCUCCGAUCUUCCUCUGUUGCUCUCCUACCCAUCUUUCAAUGUCCCUCUCAGUGUGGUACCUCUUCUAUGAAACUUCGCUUGAGUUAUUCAAAUAGAUGUGAUAUGUAACUUCUCUGUGUCUCUUAAGCUUUCUCUUAACUCUGUUUUGUAUUCAGUGAUUUAUAUACUUGGUUUGCAGAAUGUAAAUUUGUCAAAGGCAUGAAGUAUCUUGUGUUCAUUUUUGCUGUUGCUGAAAUCCU